CAGCCAGGUUUGGCGAUUCAUUAAAGCUAUUUCCCGUUCUCCUCUGGCCGGUCCGAGGUCAACUUAGCCAUGGGUUUCGAUUACUAUAUCGCUUUGGACAUCUCUAGGAGUGCCCAGGAUGCAGACAUAAAGAAGGCGUACCGGAGACUAGCUCUGAAGAACCACUGGUUAAAUGCCCGAGACCCAGGUUCAGCAGAGCGCUUUAAACAGAUAGCGGAGGCCUAUGAUGUGCUGAGUGACCCUAUAAAGAAAGCCAUCUAUGACAAAUUUGGAGAGGAAGGCCUAAAGGGCGGGAUCCCUCCUGAAUUUAGCAGCCAGUUGACAUGGACAAAAGGUUAUGUCUUCCAUGGGGAUGCCAACAAAGUCUUCCAUGAAUUCUUUGGAGGAGACAACCCCUACAGCGAUUUCUAUGACGCGGAAGGCAGGGAAGUGUGCUUGAACUUUGGGGGCCUUCGGGGCCGUGGGAUCAAGAAGCAGGACCCUCCCAUCGAGCGAGAUCUCUACCUGUCUUUGGAGGACUUGUUCUUUGGCUGCACGAAGAAGAUCAAGAUCUCCCGAAGGGUCAUGAACGAGGACAGAUUCUCAUCCACCAUCAAAGACAAGAUCCUGACCAUCGACGUCCAGCCCGGCUGGAGGCAGGGGACCCGAAUCACCUUCGAGAAGGAAGGAGACCAGGGCCCCAACAUCAUUCCAGCCGACAUCAUCUUCAUCGUAAAGGAGAAACUGCACCCCCGAUUCCGGAGGGAGGACGACAACCUCUUCUUUGUCAGCUCCAUCCCUUUGGGCAAGGCACUGACCUGCUGCACGGUGGAGGUGAGGACCCUGGAUGACCGGCUGCUCAACAUCCCCAUCAAUGACAUAGUACACCCCAAAUACUUCAAGAAGGUAUCCGGCGAGGGGAUGCCCCUGGCCUCGGACCCCACCAAGAAGGGAGAUCUCUUCAUCCUCUUUGACAUCCAGUUCCCCAGGCAUCUGACUCCUCCCAAGAAGCAUCUCCUGAAGCAGGCGCUGCCCAUGUGACCUCAUCCCCCACCCCUUCCCUAAAGGCCAGCUUGACCAUAUAAAGGGAGAAACGAGGACCCGGGACACUGUUGGAGGGUCUUUAUCAUUACCAUGGGGAGGGUCUGCCUUGCCCUGGAGGUGGGCAUGGGAGAGGGCGGGCAUCGCGAGGCAGGGGGCACGGCGGUCACCCGAAGGGUUCUGGAGGGCACUGGGGGUGGCGGUGGCUGGGGUGGGGGGAGGGAGGAGAUAAUUUUUCAAGUAAUAAAGAUUUCUACUUCGAAAA